CUGGCUUCCGUUGGCCAUAUGAAUGAAUGCAAAUGGCGCAGGUUUUGUUUGCUGCAGUUCACGUACUACUCGGAGUCAAGUUUGUUGGCGAAGACAUUGAGUCGCCCAGAGCUGGACGUCAAUGUCCCGCGCACAGCACGAGAGCAGGAACAGACGCUGUCUACUUUACCAAGAUGCGAUCCCCGCGCGGUGAUCAUCAGCGAUACGUUGAGGCUCUCGAUCUGUUUCUCGCAAACCCCGUUGGAUGAACACUACAGCGUGUCGUGGAUGGAUUG